AUUCUUCUUAAGAAGCCCCAUCCCUACUGACAUAUUUUCAACGAAAAUUUGAAUUUUUUGAGUUUUCACCUAAUAUCCUAAUUUCUGAACACAAUGCUCGGAGCACAAGCUUUACGCACCAAACAGAAAGCCGAACGGAAGGAAAAGGAGAAGCGUCAUCGUGAACGUCUGCGCAGUAUCGAGAUGCAACGCAAUCAGAUUCAUCGCAAUGCCUGCGAAGAUGCCGCCGCCCAAUUCAUGGAGAUCACAGCAAAUCCACCGUUGAAAGUAACCACAAAGCAUCGCCAUUCAGUACAUUCUGGCGCAGUACCGCAUCUACAGGUUCGCAUGACCCACCGUAACAGUAGUUCAAAUGGAAGUUCCGAUCGAUUCGAGUUGGAGCCAGUGGAGCCAACCGAAGGGGGUCCGCAAAGAAGUACGUCAAGUGACUACUGCAAGGUGGACAAGAAACACUCAAUAUCCGGUACCACACGUCUUUUAAAAUGGCUUGGAAUAUCUGAUAAGCAAUCAUCUGAAUCAGCACAACAAAUCAACAAAAAACCCAUUUCAAAGCGACGAAUGUCUACUUUUACCUAAACUUUUUUUUUUUUGAAAUUUUUUUUUCCGAAAAUUCUAUGCUCCCCGGUCUCAUGCUUCUACUCACUGUGCCACGUGGCAUUACAUGAAAAAUCCAAAAAAAAUCGAUAAUUAAGCUUUUGUAAGUUUGCUUCCCUAUCCUCCGAUUAUUUGUGAAAUUCUUUCAAUUUUUCAAGUUUUAUUUUCAAAAAUUUUCCCCAAAAAAUCUUUAAUUGUAAUAAAUCCUUCAAUGAAGAUGUUAUGAUUAUUUUUAAAGUGUAUAAAACAUCAAGUACUUUUGUUAACGUUUUUAAUUUGAAAGGUGGAAAAUGAAAUUUUAGAAUUUAAAA